UCUGCUGACCCUGUGAUGACUGACGUUGCUGCUGUUGAAGCUGCUGCUGGUGCUGUUGAAGCUGCUGCUGCUGCUGUUGCUGGUGCUGCUGCUGCUGUCGUUGCGGCUGUUGAUGCACUUGAUGCUGUGGGUUUUGCUGCUGCUGCUGCUUCAGCUGGAGUUGUUGCUUCUGGAGCUGCGGCUGCUGCAGUUGCUGUUGCGGUGGCACUGGCUGUGGAUGACCUUGACCUCGGUGUGCCUGAGCUUGCUGUGGUGUCUGCUGGGGAACGUGCUGUUGAGCAGGCUGCUGGAGCCCGUGGUGAUGAGGCCGCUGUGGAGGAAUCUGGGAUUGUUGUGGGGCCGGAUGGUAGGUGUAGGCGGGAGCCUGUGUUGGGACUGUCGGUUUCGGGUUCGACACCCUCAUGUUGGCCGCACUUCUUCCCAGCUGUCCCGGAUCUCGGGGAAUUGAUUGUGCCGAAAUCCCACGGGCUGCCAGGGCCUGUGGGGACUGCUGGAGCGACUGUUGAUGAGCGCCGUGAUGGUGAGAGUGCUGCUGCUGCUGCGACGGAGGAAAGCUUGCUGGUCC